CACGCAAGCAUAUUGUUUGAAACAAAAGUUUCAUUCAUCUACCACUUCACUCUUCAUUAGAAAAUGUCUAUAGGAUGUCUUUAUUGUUUCAUGAAUAAACACAGCAAGAAAGAAGACAAACCCCUGAAAGCAGAAGGUUUGACAAAGGUUGGAGAAAAAGAUGCAAAAAGCAACGCAGAGAAGAAAAAAUCAGAGACAUGCAAGGAACCUGUGUAUCGCCUUAUAGAAUGUAGCUCCAGUGUAGGUAGCAACAUGGAAGAGUACGAGUCUGAAGGUUUUUAUGUCGGUGUCUCUUCCUCACCAAUGACUAAUGAUUUCAACAGAGUGAAAACCUUUGAUUUUCGUGAAGUCGCAAAAGCCACGGCAAAAUGA